AUGCGGUCCACCGUUGUUCUCGCGGCAUUUUCGGGGCUGGUCCCCAUGGUUGGUUCGCAAGCUGACCAGAAACCACUACAGCUCGGUGUGAAGAAUAACACUCUCGCGCAUUCUCCUCCCCAUUAUCCUUCCCCAUGGAUGGACCCGGCCGCUCCUGGCUGGGAGGAAGCCUAUAUCAAGGCUAAAGAUUUUGUCUCACAACUUACCCUACUUGAAAAGGUCAACUUGACCACUGGUGUCGGAUGGAUGGGCGAACGUUGCGUCGGCAACGUGGGUUCUCUCCCUCGUUUUGGAAUGCGUGGUCUCUGCAUGCAGGAUGGCCCCCUCGGCAUCCGCUUGUCUGACUACAAUUCUGCGUUUCCUACUGGUAUUACCGCUGGCGCCUCUUGGAGCCGAGCGCUUUGGUACCAACGUGGCCUCCUGAUGGGCACUGAGCACCGUGAGAAAGGCAUCGACGUUGCACUUGGGCCUGCUACUGGCCCUCUCGGUCGUACUCCUACUGGCGGCCGCAACUGGGAGGGUUUCUCGGUUGAUCCCUACGUUGCUGGAGUUGCCAUGGCUGAGACUGUUAGCGGCAUUCAAGAUGGUGGCACUAUCGCCUGCGCCAAGCACUAUAUCGGCAACGAACAAGGCAUGACUUCUUCCCUUCUACUCGCUGAUAAAUAUGCUAACAACGACAUAGAGCACCAUCGCCAAGCCCCCGAAUCCCUGGGUCGCGGCUACAAUAUCACCGAAUCACUGUCCUCAAACGUGGAUGACAAGACUCUCCACGAGCUCUAUCUCUGGCCGUUCGCAGACGCCGUCAAGGCCGGCGUUGGUGCUAUCAUGUGCUCCUACCAGCAGCUGAACAACUCCUACGGCUGCCAAAACUCAAAGCUUCUCAACGGAAUUCUCAAGGACGAACUGGGAUUCCAGGGCUUCGUCAUGAGUGACUGGCAAGCUCAGCACGCCGGAGCUGCUACCGCUGUUGCAGGCCUUGACAUGACCAUGCCUGGUGACACUCUGUUCAACACCGGAUACAGCUUCUGGGGUGGUAACCUGACCCUCGCUGUCAUCAACGGUACUGUUCCCGACUGGCGUGUUGACGACAUGGCUAUGAGAAUUAUGGCGGCAUUCUUCAAGGUUGGCAAGACUGUUGAAGACCUUCCUGACAUCAACUUCUCUUCCUGGUCUCGAGACACUUAUGGCUACGUUCAAGCCGCUGCCAAAGAGAACUGGGAACAGAUCAACUUUGGCGUUGAUGUUCGACAUGAUCACAGCAAGCACAUUCGAAUCUCGGCCGCCAAGGGCACCGUCCUCCUUAAGAACUCUGGGUCGCUGCCUCUCAAGAAGCCCAAGUUUCUUGCCGUCGUUGGCGAGGACGCCGGCCCGAACCCUGCUGGUCCUAACGGCUGUAACGACCGCGGAUGCAACAACGGCACUUUGGCCAUGUCCUGGGGCUCAGGAACGGCCCAGUUCCCCUACCUCGUUACUCCCGACUCAGCACUACAGAACCAGGCUGUCCUCGACGGCACUCGCUACGAGAGCGUCUUGCGGAACAACCAGUGGGAACAGACGCGGAGUCUCAUUAGCCAGCCUAACGUGACGGCUAUUGUGUUUGCCAAUGCAAAUGCCGGAGAAGGAUAUAUCGAUGUUGACGGCAACGAAGGCGAUCGGAAGAAUCUGACCUUGUGGAAUGAGGGUGAUGACCUGAUUAAGAAUGUCUCCGCCAUCUGUCCUAACACCAUUGUUGUCCUGCAUACUGUUGGCCCUGUCAUCCUGACGGAAUGGUAUGACAACCCAAACAUUACCGCCAUAGUGUGGGCUGGUGUUCCUGGACAGGAGUCCGGCAAUGCUCUUGUUGACAUUCUCUACGGCAAAGCAAGCCCUGGUCGCUCACCCUUCACAUGGGGUCGCACCCGAAAGAGUUACGGCACUGAUGUCCUUUACGAGCCCAACAAUGGCCAGGGUGCUCCCCAGGAUGACUUCAAGGAGGGAGUCUUCAUUGACUAUCGCCAUUUCGACCAGGUUUCUCCCAGCACCGACGGCAGCAAGUCCAACGAUGAGUCUGCUCCCAUCUACGAGUUCGGCCAUGGUCUGUCCUGGACCACGUUUGAGUACUCUGAACUCAACGUGCAAGCUCACAACAAGAUUCCCUUCGAUCCUCCGAUUGGCGAGACGAUUGCUGCUCCGGUCCUUGGCAACUAUAGUACCGACCUUGCCGACUACACGUUCCCGGAUGGAAUUCGCUACAUUUACCAGUUCAUCUACCCUUGGUUGAACACCUCUUCUUCCGGAAGAGAGGCUUCUGGUGAUCCCCACUACGGAAAGACUGCCGAAGAGUUCCUGCCCCCUGGAGCUCUCGAUGGCUCAGCUCAGCCGCGACCCCCAUCUUCUGGUGCUCCAGGUGGAAACCCUCAUCUUUGGGAUGUUCUAUAUACCGUUAGUGCUAUUAUCACGAACACUGGCAACGCCACAUCGGACGAGAUUCCACAGCUCUACGUUAGUCACGGCGGCGAGAACGAGCCCGUCCGCGUUCUCCGCGGCUUCGAUCGGAUUGAGAACAUUGCCCCUGGUCAGAGUGUCAGAUUUACAACUGACAUCACUCGUCGCGACCUGAGCAACUGGGAUGUCGUCUCUCAGAACUGGGUUAUUACCGAGCACGAGAAGACAGUCUAUGUCGGGAGCAGCUCCCGCAACCUGCCUCUCAAGGCAACUCUGAAGUAA